GGGCUGCGGGUGGCGCUGCGGGCCGGGGCUGCGGGCCCGGGGCUGCUGCUCCGCCAUGCUGGGCUCCCGGCGGCUGCGGGGCUCCUGGCGGCUGCUGCGCCGCUUGGCCGCGGGCCCGCCCGCCCGCACCUACCGCGGGGAGGCGGUGGCCGCGCUGGGCUCCAGCCCUGACGCCAGCUCCGCGCUCUACCAGGAAAACUAUGAGCGAAUGAAAGCACUGGUAACUGAACUCCAACAGCAAGCAGAAAAAAUCAGGUUAGGAGGUGGAGAAAAAGCCCGUAAGCUUCACACAUCAAGAGGAAAGCUGUUACCCAGAGAGAGAAUUGACAGGCUUAUUGAUCCUGGGUCUCCCUUCUUGGAAUUCUCCCAGUUUGCAGGUUACCAGUUAUAUGGUAAUGAAGAGGUUCCAGCAGGAGGCAUUAUCACGGGCAUUGGACGAGUAUCUGGGGUGGAGUGCUUGAUUGUUGCUAAUGAUGCAACUGUCAAAGGUGGUACCUAUUAUCCCAUCACUGUUAAGAAACAUUUACGUGCUCAAGAAAUUGCCAUGCAAAAUCAUCUCCCUUGCCUGUAUCUUGUUGAUUCAGGAGGAGCAAAUUUACCUCGGCAAGCGGAAGUUUUUCCAGAUCGAGACCAUUUUGGCCGUAUUUUCUAUAAUCAAGCAGUCAUGUCCUCACAAGGAAUUCCACAGAUAGCAGUAGUAAUGGGAUCCUGUACAGCAGGAGGAGCAUAUGUACCUGCCAUGGCUGAUGAAAGUAUCAUUGUUGGCAAACAGGGAACAAUAUUCUUGGGAGGGCCACCGCUGGUUAAAGCAGCAACAGGUGAAGAGGUAUCAGCAGAGGAUCUUGGAGGGGCAGAUCUUCACUGCAGAAAAUCUGGUGUAACAGAUCAUUAUGCUUUGGAUGACAAUCAUGCACUUCAUCUAGCAAGGAAAAUUGUAAGAAGUUUGAAUCGCCAAAAGAAAAUAGAUGUGACUAUAGAACCAUCAGAAGAGCCUUUAUUUCCUGCUGAUGAAAUAUAUGGAAUAGUUGGUGACGAACUAAAAAGAAACUUUGAUGUCAAAGAGGUCAUUGCUAGAAUUGUAGACGGAAGUAAAUUUGAUGAAUUCAAAGCCUUGUAUGGGGAUACUUUAAUUACAGGAUUUGCAAGAAUAUUUGGUUAUCCAGUAGGAAUUAUUGGAAACAAUGGAGUUCUUUUCUCAGAAUCCGCAAAAAAGGGUACACAUUUUAUCCAGUUGUGUUGCCAGAGAAAUAUUCCCAUUGUGUUUUUACAGAAUAUUACAGGUUUCAUGGUUGGUAGAGAAUAUGAAGCUGGAGGGAUAGCUAAAGAUGGUGCCAAGAUGGUAACUGCUGUAGCUUGUGCCAAUGUACCUAAAAUAACAGUGAUUAUUGGUGGUUCUUACGGAGCUGGAAACUAUGGGAUGUGUGGAAGAGCAUAUAGUCCAAGAUUUCUUUAUGUGUGGCCAAAUGCUCGCAUAUCGGUGAUGGGAGGAGAGCAAGCUGCAACUGUUCUAGCUACAAUAGCUAAGGACCAAAAAGCAAGGGAGGGAAAACAGUUCUCUGCAGCCGAUGAAGCAGCUUUGAAGGAGCCAAUCAUUAGGAGGUUUGAGGAGGAAGGAAACCCUUAUUACUCCAGUGCAAGGCUAUGGGAUGAUGGAAUUAUCGAUCCAGCUGACACAAGACUGGUUUUGGGCCUCAGUCUCAGUGCAGCAUUAAACGCACCUACGAAGAAGACAGAAUUUGGGGUUUUCAGGAUGUAAACUUAUCUGUACACUCAUCAGAGUUACCUCUGUAUAUCUAGAUAGAGGCUGGAGAGCAAACUAACCACAAUAUUGAGGUGAUUGAAAAAUACAGAUUUGUAAAACACUAUUUGUAAUGGAAAUGUCAUAUAUUUUCACUUGGGGUAUCAGUGUUUUGAUAGUGAUUUGAGAUCAAUCAGAAUGCUUGCUUAGCACUGCAUUGCAUGAAUAAACUGCAGCUUUUAGCAUUAUGUUUUAUGUUUGACAAGAAAACAUUGAUACUGUAUCUUAUAUAAAUAAACCUGCAAAAUAACCUA